CGAUUCGUUAUGCCUUGUCACGGCGAUACAAUUGUGAAGAUAAAGGUUCGUCAAACUUGCAACAAUGAUUCGAAAUUGAUCGCUAUACGGGCAUUUGGUGUUUUUCCUGUUGAGAGUGACGAUUGCCAGUUAGAUUUGUCCUUAUUUAUUCCAAUGAAUGAAAAAAGAAAGAGAUCUAGUUCACAGUCAAUUUUUGAAUUAAAUAAGUAUUAUUGUGUCAGUGGAAAAGUUGUACUUGGAAAUUAUAAUGGGAAUUUUAUUUGGUAUCCAUUAAAAGUUUCUCUUGUUGGUGUUGCUCAAGAUGCACCAAAGGAGAUUAAUAGGCAAAUAGAAAUUAUUGAUAAGGAUCUAUACAUAUAUGCUGUUGAUAUUUCUUAUGUCGAUAUCAGUUCUGCUACAAAGAAGAAAGUUCCUGUUUUUGAAAAUUCGCCAGCGUUGUAUAGAUCGGUUCGUUCAAGACUCUUAACCGUACAUCAGAGUAUCAAUGAAGAUUCGUUUAAUUCAUCUGAGAUAAAAAAUUAUGAUCUUGGUAAAGAAAAAAUUGAGUGUGAAGUUGGUUUGACUACCGAAGAUUCUCACGUAACGAAACGUACAAGGUUGGAAGAUGUAAAUGAUGAUUAUGUCGA